AUGUUUUUGUGGCUCUCUAAUUUCAUCCGUGCGUGGCCUCUGCUAAUGUAUGCUGUCAUUUGGGUCGCGGCAAUGACGUUUACGGUGGCAGUGGCUUCGCUCUCCACAGAGGUGGCUUUUGUCUCCGCCAUAUCUUCGUCUCACAGGUGCACAAGUAACGGUGGGUCUUCUGUUAGAGUUAGAGUUCCGUUGGAGGAGACACCGUGUUUCCCUGCUCAUCUUUUCACCAAGUCCAGCAUCGAUGUGGUCGUUCCACCAAUCUUUGCAGCGCUGAUUGUAGCAGCUUCUGCUUGCGUAGUAAGAGCUGUGGGCCUGUGGGAGCGGGAAACCACGGACUCUCCUAUUUCCACCGAAUUCUCCCUUCAGCUAAUGUGA